AUCGAUAGAUGUCGGUGGGAGUCGCUUUAUUUUCAACAUCAUACAAUAUAUAUAUAACUAUAUCAUAACGGUAUCCGUAGUAAAAUCACUUCGCUACCCAAUGCGCUAGUUUCUUUCAUGCUCCGCGGUCUUUUUGAUGUCAUCGUUCGUAAACUCGGGUCGAUGAACGAAUUCGGUUUAAAGAUGACGAGAAAAUUAUGCAAUGCGAAUUAUAUUGACGCAUCCUUAUUUAUUUAUAACGGUCGAAAAUAAAUCACGGCCCAAAAUGUGUAAAAUUCCGUAAAGGGAAAGAUUGUGCUGUUGUGUUUGUUUUCGGUGUUUCGGUGGAAACGAUGGCUAGUUCUCCAACGAGCAUUGAGACGCAAAUAGACAGUUUCUUGGAGCAAUUUAAGAGAAGCGCCUCUAAGGCUAUGGAGGAGCGAAUAGAAUGGCCUGACGGUCCAUCUCCUGAUGCAGUGGUGAAGUCUCGCAGCAGCUGCUUCGCGCUGGACUCUGCAGCUGACGCGGGUUGCGAUGACUGCGGCGAGGAUGAAGGCCGGAUGGUGUCCGAGCUGCUGCUCCCGCAGUACGCGCUGGCCACGGGUGGGCUGGCGCGCGACCACCGCCCGCUCAUCACCUUCCCCGACCACAACAACUUCCACCUCCUCACUGCACCGGAGUACCGCCGUCUGCUCCUGUACCUCACCUCUGUGCCCUCAUUAUUAGAAGCCGAUAUGGGAUUCCACAUAAUAAUAGAUCGAAGAAAGGACAGAUGGAAUUCAGUCAAAACAGUAUUAAUCAGGAUCUCAGAGUUUUUCCCGGGUAUCAUCCACACGGUAUACGUGCUCCGACCAGCCAGCUUCCUUCAGAAAGCGCUCUCCGAAGUGAGCAGCAAGUUGUUCAAAGAAGAGUUCCGUUUCCGGGUACUAGUGUGCUCUUCGGUUGAGGAGCUGUAUGAACAUUUCGACCGGUCACAACUCACGCCGGACCUUGGUGGAGAGCUGCAGUACUCGCACGCCGAGUGGAUACAGCAGAGGAUUGCCUUAGAAAUGUUCUCAACAUUAAUGAAAGAGAUCUCAAGCAAGCUGGACGACUUUAUGCACGAAAUAGUGGAUUGCGACAUGGGGAACGAUCCGACACAAACCAAAGAAUUAUUAGACUGCCAGGAAACUAGGUAUAGAGAGUUGAAGACAGAACUGGCGGCAGCGACCACGCAAGGCGAGGAGCUGCUGACGCAGAUGAGGAAACCAAAUCUAACGUUUAUUAGUAAUAUUAUAAGUCAUGUAGCCGCCGUUGAGAGGUUACUAGUACAACUAGAAGAGACUGAAAAACAAUUCGACAAUUUUUGGCAAAAACAUUCCACAAAAUUAAACCACUGGCUACAAUUUAGGACAUUUUUAUUAAAUUUUAAACAAAUGCAGGCUACUUUAGACAAUCAUCUGAAGGCAGCAUGUGACAUGACCGAGGUUGGAGAAACGGCGAGUAGAGUGGAAAGUUUAAUUCAAGAAGCUAUUGAUUUUGAGAAACUUUGCAACUGUGAUCUAGAUACUGCUGCAUCCGUUAUAGACGACGGAGAGAAGCUAAUGCAGGACCCCCUCAGUUCAGUAGACCACAUAGAAUCCAAGUGCGAGGAGCUGCGCCGCACCAGCGCGCUACUCGCUGACAAGAUACAGAAGCGGACGCAGCUUCUAAAUAAGGCCAGGGAACUUAUGGACAGAAUAGACAAGGCCAACGACUGGUGCGCGUCCGGCGUGGAGAUCCUGGCCGGCGAGGGCGGCCUCAUCGCCGUGGACAAGCUGCUAGAAGACGCGCAGGGCUUCGGCCUCAGCGCGCCCGACCUCUUCCGCGAGGCGCUGCUGCAGUCCGCCACGCAGGAGACCAAGGCGCUGGUCGCACAGGUCGCCCAAAGGGUAGAAGAUGUCUGGUUAAUGGCUACAGUAAAGCGAGCGACGCUCCAACGCGCGGCGGCCAAGCCCGCGCGGCCCGUGCAGUCCGUGCCGCCGACCACCGUGCCGGCUGUCAACACACAGAUGGAGACGUCAGGCGGUUCAGAGAGCUCGAGCGGCGAGGACGCAGAGGCGCGGCGGUCGCGGCGCGGGCACGUCCUCGCGGAGUUGCUGCAGACUGAGCGGGUCUACGUGCAGGAGCUCGGCUCCAUACUCACUGGUUACAAAGAGGAGAUCGAGAAGCCAGAGAACCAGCACCUCCUGCCGGCGACGCUGGUGGGGCAGGCCGACGUGCUCUUCGGGAACCUGCACGAGCUCUUCACAUUCCACCAAGACGUAUUCCUUAAGGACCUGGAGAGGUCCAUCUCCGCUACGGAACUCGUUGCACUCUGUUUUGUUGAGAAGCGCGAAACAUUCUUUCGGCUGUACAGCUACUACUGCCAGAACAUCCCGCGGUCAGAACGACUCCGGGAGACGCUGGUGGACACCCACCUCUUCCUCCAAGCAUGCCAGCUGCGGUUAGGACACAAGCUGCCGUUGGCCGCGUAUCUGCUCAAGCCAGUGCAGAGGAUCACCAAAUAUCAGCUGCUAUUAAAGGACCUCCUGCGGUACAGCGAAUGUGGCUCGAUGAGCUCGAACCUGCAGCAGGCGCUGGACUGUAUGCUGGUCGUCGUCAAAUGCGUCAACGACUCCAUGCACCAGAUCGCCAUCACUGGUGUACCGGUGGACCUAGCGCAACAAGGCGAGCUUCUCAUGCAGGGUUCCUUCCUCAUCGCGUCAGAGAGUAAACGGGAUUUGCGGCUCAGAAUACGGCCGCGACGUCGGCAUAUCUUCCUCUACGAGAAGGCUAUGCUCUUCUGCAAGCCGGCUACUAAGAACAGCCAUAACAAGGCUACUUAUCACUUCAAGAAUGAUCUCCAGAUGUCACAAAUUGGACUCACAGAGUCCGUGAAAGGCGACCUCCGCAAGUUCGAAGUAUGGCGGGAGCACCGACUAGAAGUACACACGAUCACAGCGCCCUCUGUGGAAGUGAAGCGAGCGUGGGUCGAGCGCAUCAAGAGGGUUCUACUCGACCAGCUCAAGGAACUCAAGGGCGAGCGCGUCAGGAAAUACGGCAUGCAACACAGCAGGACACUAAUCCAGGCCAGUUCCUGGGAGUUAGGCCCGGCGGGGCAGCAGGCCAAGCCGCCCGCGCCCGCCGCCGGCCCGCGCACGGCGUCCUGCGACUCGCACGACGAGCCCUGCUGGUCCACCGACCCCUCCGAGGACGAGGAGGACGAACCCGAACAGGCGCCGGCGGUGGGGUGCGCGCUGGUGGCGCUGUCGGAGUACACGGCGGUGGGCGCGAGCGAGGUGUCGCUGCGCGAGGGCCAGCAGGCCGAGCUGCUCAAGGUCGGCUGCGCGGGCUGGUGGUACGUGCGGCUGGCGGGCGGCCACGGCGAGGGCUGGGCGCCGGCGGCGUACCUCGACCAGCGCAAGACCUCCCGCUCGUCCAGCCGCUCACACGACCGGUUGCACGACCACUGACUCCGGUCACAGCUCUGUCUACACCACUAACAGUUCUGAUGUACGAGUAGGUCGACAGCUAACUGAUGUUAUGAAAGUUCAAUUAAGCUAAGUUUGCAAUGAAUUUGGCAAUUGCAAAGCCUAUUUGGUGAGUCCCGCUUGCGGGAUCCGAGUCGGCAGAAAAGUUUAAGUCUAAAACCUCUGGUACUUAGAGGUUUCUAACAUCUCAAGGUCCUGGGCGAAGAUAACAUCUUUAGAAAGGUGUCUGUCAAAUUGUUCAUUGCAAGCUUGGCUUGAUUUAAUUGUAUCCUUAUUAUUCAGGAAUCGACCUAUAAAUUCGAGCGCCAAUUUGACGUAAAAAAUAACAUGCCUAGAAAAUACGAGGUGGAUUUUGUAACGCAUCACAUAUGUUAUAAUAUAUGGAUUUAUAGUGCUCCCCAAGCCGCAUUGAAGGAAAGCAUAGGUGUCUAUUACGCUUAGCAUGUGACUGUGGUUAUAUUUAGUGCGACUUGCGCUCCUUAUGGUUAAAAGGUUUUCGGUCGCCACAAACGAUGAGAUGAGUAAGGAAUUAUGUUCAUGGCCAUGGCAAUUAGGCCAUGAGUUCAAUUCACAAGUGAAAAUAAUAUAGUAAACGAAAUAAUAAAAGUAUAGGUAACUUCCAAAAGUAACUUCAUUGUCGGAACGCCUGCUUUAAAAUAUCGAUAGGCAUAAAUUUUACGAGUAGCGGUUUGAUAUAGGAUUGUAUGUAUAGGCACCUUUAGUAGAGUCACCCCACCUCGUUGUUAAUGUCGAACAAUAAUAUUUGUUAAUUAUUGUAAAUGUUGUUCUAAAGAAGCUUUAUUGUAAAUUAGUAUUAGUUGUAGCUGAGUCGAUAAGGUAAUCCAAAGCUAAGACCGUGUUUAAAGUGCGGACGCAUGUUGUUCACUGUCUCUUAUUUGUGACACAGAUGUUUUUUUUUACAGACGAACAAUAAUAAACUUAAUGGUGUGAACUUAUAGUAAAAAUUUAAAUGGCUACACAUAAAGUCCUUUCAACUCUGAAUUCAAAUAUGCUAUCGAAAUUUCAACUAUAAAUUCAUGCCAAUAGGUUUCAUUACUUACAUUUGUGUAAGAAGUGUGUGACUUUUUAAAAGGAAUUUUUUUGAAUUUAUGGAUUGUGCAUUCCCACUUUAUGCGAGCCUGGUAGCGUAGGGCGUUAAGUAAGCCGUGACUGUUUCAUAAUUGUUCUGUACAUACUUUUAUUAAUUAAUUAUAGUUAUUUAUUUGCUACGGCUUUUGGUGUUAACUCGUGCUCGCCUUUUCCAUGACAGUUGUUGUGGGUGUAUUGUACCGUUAGGGACCUGUGUAUUAUAGUUAAAGUUUGCUCUUUCUGAGUGAUUGUUCAUGGGUGUUGUCGAUUUUAUAAGCUGAAAAUGCGGCUUUCCGCUCUAUGAACAAAUAAUAGCAUAGAUAUUGUAUGAGUCCUGCCCUAGUUUUGUCCCUAAGGUGAGACUUAGAUUUCAUAAUCAUCGAUCAUUUUCAUAUCACUAGGUUCACUAGUUAUCUUUGACAAAUUUAUAUUACCUACAAAAUUUUACUAAAAUCAUAUGAAGAAUAUAAUUAUGCAUUAAGAUGCAAAUGCAGUUAAGAUAAAAUUGGGAUCCAUAUUUAUACAUUUUUAAAUAUCUUAUUAUGUACAUGUUUAAUUGGAAGGUGCUUAAAGGUCCAUACUGCCUAUGUUGGUGCAUAAGUUUUUUGCUUGUUCAAGUCCAAGGAAUAGGGUCAAUAAAAGGAGGGAAAUCUGAUUUAUGUACUUAUUUUCAAUUCUGUCCACAAUGCGUAAGCAGCUCGUAGUUGUGUUUAUGAAUGUUAUUUUUACCAUUUAUUGAUCAAUAUUCAUAAAACAAGAAGGUCUGUGUGGGCUUUGGUUUGUCUAAAAACUCCUCACUGUCCUCACUCCUACGAGCUUGAUUACGAUGACGACCUCAGAGCUAAAGCACUCUUAAUACCAAAUUUCAUUAAAAACGGUUCAGAAGUUUUGUGAAGUGCUGUGAAAUUGUGUGAAGCAGACGGUGUAAUUUAUAAUUUUAGUACACACUCAAAAUUUACGUCUUCUUUCCAUUCGAAACCCUUGGACAUUAAACCCCUUUACAACCUUUGAUUACAAAUAGAUAUGUGUUUUUGCUAGUCGGCAUUCAUUUAAAAUUUAAUUAGAAUUAUUUUUGUAGAUGAGAUGAAACGAAAUCAUUUGUCAUAUUCAUUUCCCAUUGUGAAUGCGUAGAAGUUGUCUCUUAGUGUCAUUCUUUGACUUGUAGUUUCAUGUACCUAAUGUGUUAUUUUCAUUUCGUGAAAAUGUUUUGUAUUAUAUAAACUAAGUUCAUUUUCGAGCUGACCACAAUACACUUAUUGUCCAUUUGA